GUUUGGAUGACACUUUCACGCUUGUAUCCAGGGCCUUUGUGAGAACACCAUGGGAUGCAUAGGCUCCAGGAGACUGACGGCAGAUGGCGUGCCAGUCCAGAAGGAUGGAGAGCAGCAUGGACGUUCAGAGUUUUCAUGGGAAGGAAUCAAUCUCUCUAUGGAGGACACCACGUCGAUCCUGCCUCGGUUGAAGAGGAACUCGAACGCGUACGGGAUCGGGGCAUUGGCUAAGUCGUCACUGUCAGGUGUGUCAGGAGUCACACGGACGAUGAAGGAGCGGGUGACCAAGCCCACGGCGAUGGCUCAGGGCCGCGUCGCGCACAUGAUCGAGUGGCAGAACUGGGGCAUGACGACGGUGGGGGGUCCGCAGUCCCGCAUCAGCACCAAGGAGCAGGAGAAGGCUCGGCGGCUCGAGAACGACGCGUACAGCGACCUCAGCGACGGAGAGAAGGAGGCACGCUUCGCCGCAGGCAUCUUGCAGCAGUUUGCAAUUUCUGAAGCAACCCUCUUGGCCUGGUCGUCUAUGGAUGGAGAGAGCCCAAGGUCUGGGUCUAACCAGGGGAGUGUGGCACAUCUGAGCGAGGUCAACCAGGAGAGCAUCACCAGCAGAGAUCAGAUCCUGCAGCACACGGCCGCAGAGGUCUGGCCCCACUCCUAUGUCUCACAGGGACAUUACUGCCUGUCCUCCUCUGAGGGCUGGGACCCCAUCAGCUCCAACCCCUCCGCGGUGACGUCCCCCCCGCCCGGCUCCUUCGUCAUGGGGCCUGAGGUGACGUCCCCCUCGCCCGGCUCCUUCGUCAUGGGCCCGGAGGGCUACGAGGGCCAAGCCGCUCACUUCCUGCAGCAGCAGCAGCAGCAGCAGUUCAGCCUGCAGCAGCAGAGCCAGCUCCAGCAGCUGCAGCAGCUCCAGCACUACCAGCAACAGCAGCUGCUGCAGUAUCAGCAACAACAGUUGCAAAGCGCCAACCACUCGUUACAAGCGACGCCCAACAGCACCAUCCACAGCCUGGUGCACCAGGUUCACCCCCCGCUGGUCGACCUGUGGAACACGGGGCAGAUGGAGGCGUACCAGGCGGAGGCGGGGGGCUACAUGGGGGUGUCGGCUGUGGUGGAGCCCGGCCUGUGUGCGCCCUCGGGGGACGAGAUGGUGGGGAGUGUGGGCAGUGAACACUCUCCGCUGCUGGAGCAGCAAGAGGAAGAGGAGGAGGUCAAGGAGGAAGAGGUGACACUGUGCAUGGAGCCGGAGACCGCAACACUGACCCCGCCCACACAACAAGGGGACGCCUCGGGGGGCAGUAGUCCGGGACAACCGCCGUGCGAGCCAAUCACAGAGUGGCAGCCCUGUGAUGUCAGCGCGCUCAGUCAGACGCAGGAGCAGGAGCCGGAGGGGGAGGGGCCGGCCGCGGCUAUGCCAACCAACUGAAGUCAAGUGUCGAGAGACUCCUUUUUACAAACUGACCUGGAGCUGGAGGCAUAGUAACACCAUAUAUAUUUAUUAUUCUGUUCCGUUUCAGGUUCAAACUCAGUCCAUUGGUCAUGGGGGGAGGGGAGGGGGGGCUUUGACUGUGAGUCAAUAGAAAUGAUGCAAAGGAGUCCUCUUUCUUUGUACGCCUUACAUCCCAAAGGAACAGAGCGGAAGCAGCAGCAGACUGUGGCAUCUCCAUCAGGGAAUCGAACUCCCACCUGAUCCAGAGGAGGUCCUGGAACGUGCAUGCUUUUAUGAAGAAUAAAACCCUGUCACAUCCUCCAGUAAUAACAAACCACUAUAGGACAUUAUGAUAAGAAUAAUUUUCUAAUAAAGCGACAAAACGAAUACAAAGAAAAAUCAGUGUAUACGUGUAUAAUACGAUUC